AUGAACGGUGAUCCAUCCGUGAAGGACGGCAAAAAGUCGUUUGAAAAUGUACAGCCAUCUCAUACGGCACUUCAGCAUCAGACAGCCGUCACUGCACUUGCGAACCUCCCCCUGAAGACCGUGGUCUCAGUCUUUCGGCACCAGUGGCACAAGGAUAAAGCCCGCAUAACCUUCGCGCACGCUGAACAGUACAUGCGCGAGCAUGACCUGCCCACCGUAAGGACCGAGUGGCCGAACUUAGGCAAGUACCGACCGAGGCACUGGAGGGUUCACCACUUCCAGCGCCGCCUACUGAAAGAGGAUCUCGUUAGGCUACCAAAGAAGGACCCAAUCACUCAGUCAAAGGCACAUAGCAUCCGGAGCCAUUUCUCUAGAGAGCUGCGUGUUAGCCUACCAAAUGACCUUGCCAAAGUCUACUACGGGAAAAUACCGGCUUGCAUGGACGAUGCCAUCGAUCCCGGCGAGUUCAUAAACCUGGUCGAUCACUUCGGUGCAGAACGGCACCCCAUGAUCCUCACCGUCCCGAUAUCCUUGCAUUUAUGGAGCGUCCAUCAAGACUAUCCAGAUCUCCUCCCGAAGAAACCGGCGCCGUAGGACUGGACCUUGCCGGCGGAUGUCAUCGAAGCUAAUCAUUGGAAGUUCAGAGAAGACCUGUUCUGAAGGGUGGGUCGGACGCAAGGGAUAC